GAGAGUAUUUUGUUUUUGAAAAUGACGGGCGCUCCUCUCCCGCCUGCAGCCCUCCCUGUCGCCCCCCGCGCGCUCUCCCCGCCGCUCUACUCCCCGGCCAUCGCCGCGUCUCAAGGCUCUCCCUCCCCACCCCGCUUUCCCCGCGCCUUCAACCUCUGCAAGCACGGGCUCCUCGACGACCCCGCCUCCCUCCGCGCGCUCCUCUCCCGCUUGCCGCCUUCCUCCGCGUCGACGCUCGCCCUCCUCCUCUCCGCCGCCCCGCGCGCGCUCUCCCCGCCGCUCUACUCCCCGGCCAUCGCAGCUCUCGCCUCCUCGCCGUCCCCAGCCGCCGCGCUCGCCGUCUUCAACCGCGUCUCCAGGCUCUCCCUCCCCACCCCGCUCCCCGCCUUCCCCGCUCUCCUCAAGUCCUGCGCCCGCGCCUUCGGCCUCUGCGCCGCCGCUGCCGGCGGCGGAGAGGGCUUCGUCUCCAAGGGCAUGGAGCUCCACGGGCGCGUGCUCAAGCUCCGCUGCGGCGCGGACCGGUACGUGCAGAACGCGCUCGAGUCCAUGUACGGCAAGCUGGGCCGGCUCGGGGACGCCCGGAAGGUGUUCGACGGGAUGCCUGCCAGGAACACCGUAUCCUGGAACGCGCUCGUGGCCGCGCACGGUGCCGCGGGGGACUCACAGGGUGCAGAGCGGGUGUGUCGGGAAACACCAGAUAUGGAUAGGAGCGUGUCGUGCUGGAAUGCCGAGAUCAUGCGGAAUGCGAGGGCUGGCGAUAUGGAGGCUGCAGCGAGAGUCUUCAGGGAGAUGCCUGGCAGGAAUGCUGUGUCGUGGAACUCUCUGAUCGGUGGUUAUGCGAAGCUUGGGAGGUGUGCGCAAGCGUUGGAGGUCUUCCAGGAGAUGCAGGACGGUGGGGUCGAACCGACCGAGCUCACACUUGUGUCAGUUCUCGGGGCUUGCGCGGAGAUUGGCGAUCUGGAACUCUGGAAGGGUGUCCACAGUUACAUUGACAGCAAGGGGGUUGCGGCUGACGGGUAUGUCGGCAACGCGCUCGUUGAUAUGUACGUGAAAUGUGGCAGUCUAGAGCUUGCCAGGCAGGUCUUCGAAAGCAUGUCAACCAGGGACAUAACGUGCUGGAAUGCGAUGAUCGUUGGGUUGUCGGUCCACGGCUACUCACGCGAGGCUCUGGAGCUCUUCAAUGCCAUGAGAGUUGAGCCUGACCAUGUCACAUUUGUCGGUGUCUUGAUUGCCUGCAGCCACAGUGGCCUGGUGGAUGAGGGGAGUGUACUUUCGUAGCAUGACUGAAGACUACAAAAUUGUGCCGGGUGUGAAGCACUAUGGGUGCAUGGUAGAUAUGCUCUGCCUCUGUGGGAAAGUUUCAGAGGCUUAUCAAAUGAUCAAUGAUAUGCCUGUGAAGGCAAAUUGUGUGCUGUGGAAGAUGGUGUUGGCUGCAUGCCGAGUGCACGGGCACAUUGACCUUGCUAACAAGGCUUUUCAUGAACUGCAUCAGUUGAUGCCAAUUGACGAUGGGGAUGUCAUCACAGUAUCAAAUGUUUAUGCAGAAGCAAAGAGAUGGGAUGUUGUCGAGCAUCUAAGAACGAAGGUGAUUGAACCUGGUGUUUGGAAGCAUGCCGCACAUAGUCAGGUUGAUGCAACAUAGUAAAUAUUCUCCGCCACAAACUGGAGAAGACAAUGACCGGCUUCAAUUCCAGGAGCCUAAUCUGGCGAAUUCAGUUUACAGCCAGACCGCAGCUCCAACAGUUGCAGCUUGAUGUAAUAUUCUAGACCGUUAUCGCUUCUGAUCCUCCAAGUGAAGACCCAAGAAAACUGGCAAGUUCGUAACCGUGCUGAGCUCCUCAAUCUGUUGACACAUCAUACUUGAGAUGGCCUGUUGAGCUGAAAAUCGCCUGUUUUAACGGUGUGGUGUUCCAAAACCCUUGAAAAUUAAGCUUCAUUUUCUUUCAGUCGGAUUGCUUAUUUCAGUUCUAGUUUUGGAGGAGUAAGCAUCACAGUUAUCAAAGAAACACCUUGUUUACAAACAAUCAAAACGAAAACUGGCCAUUUUGGCGGUGUCACUUUUGUUUGCUGAACUUACUGAAUCUGGCUAGCUAUGUUUCGAUGGUCUGGAAAAACUGUUUCAGUUCUAGUUUUGGAGGAGUCAGCAUCACAGUUUUGAAAACCGCUGCGAAGCCUGUUUCAGGGGCUCUGUUGUCUGUUGAUUUUGCGGCAAGGUAUUUAGUUACUUGCUGCUACAUUCAUCGAAGCAUAUAAACAUACGAAAAGGAGCCUCGCUAAAUUUUCCUUGACACUACAGCAUUCCAUUGUUUUUACAGCCUUUACGACACUGAAACAAAAUGUGAGAAAUGAGUUAGUUUUCUGAACAUGAUCCACUCAUUUCUGCAUUGUCCAACCAGUUGUCCACAUUUACCUACUCCUGUUUAAUCGGCCACAUACACACAUCUGGUGCUCAACAUCGAUGAGAUGUGCACCAUUUGCAGGUGCAGGAUGCCACUAAUGGCAAUUGCUGGAAAUAAGUUAAUUGGGAGCUGUAAGCAAGAUCCGACAGGGAAGCAAGGGGUGGACGUACGUAUGGGCCAAGCGUGCGUGCGUGCAUGUGAUAUAUCUAUCCUGACGACCUGACCGAUCAAGAUGAGAUCGAUGAACAGAGACGAAUAUCUGGCGGCCCAUCCAUUAGAUCUGCACGUCAAUGCCUGGAUUUGUUUUCUGAAGAACAUGCAUGUAUGGAAGAUGAUGGGGUGGUGCACUAAAUACUGUCAGACGAUCGACCGAGAAGAAGAAAAUCGGUGGAGAGGAUGGUCGAUCGAGAGUUAUCUAAUCUCUCUAGUCAAUUAUUAUUCAACAUAUCAUCAAAUCAUCCGAGUGGCAAAUUUACGGUCUUGUCAGUAGUUGUAGUCGAAGAAAGAAUGAUCGCAGCGUUGAUACCUAGUCGUCUCUUCGUUCCAAAAGAUAUACUUCUCGGUCUCAUACUAAGUGAAUUUCUAUUACAUGUAUCUAGACGCCUUUUAGGUAUAGAUACAUUCAUAUUUUGUCAAAUUUGAGUCACUUAAUAUAGGACGGAGGGAGUACAAUUUUUUGGCUGUGUGGCUCGAUUGAUGUAGAGACUGGGGAUCAUUUUCUUUUUUGAAUAAAAAAACCUCUUCAGAAAAAAAAGACAACAAGGUAUAUGGUGGAUGAAAUAACCAACAAUAAUAACACACCACUAUGCUUUUAUAAGAAACACACGAUUUCUGCUGAUCUCAUUCUUGAGUUCGUUUUUGUGCGUGUGUUGUUUAGAACACCUACAAGAGUCUUCCAUUCUCUGCCCAUUCUUGUGUAGAUUCCUUCUUUUUUUUCUAAGGAAUCUUAUGGAGUAUUAGAAUGUCUCCUCCUUAUAUAUGCAUGGUAAGCUCCCCCAUAAUUUGAUGCACGCCUUAUUAGGUGUUAAUUUGAUGCUUGUUCUGUGUGUGAUUGGUUUUCAAAUAUCUGAGGAUAUAUACAUUAAUUUAGACCGUUCCACAUCAUCUGAAAAUUCUUCUCCUUCAACUAAACACAUUCCCCUCUUCACAAAAGGAAUCAGAUGGCACAAUCAAUAUUUCAAACAUGUGGUAGAUAAAUAUCAAGAGAUGUGUAGCACAUGACGUGUCUCCUUCAAAAAGGAGAGCCAAAUUUAACGGAAAA